AUGAGCAGCCCCGAUGCGGGCUACGCCAGCAGCGACGACCAGACGCAGGCAAGGUGCUCGCUCCCCAUCAUGAUGCCGGCCCUGGGCCCCUGCCAGUGGGCAGAGUCCCUGAGCCCCCUCGCAGACGCCAAGGUGAAGAGUGAGGCGGCCCCGGCGGGGGCUGCGAGCAGCCGGGCCAAAAGCGAGUCCCGCAUCCGCCGGCCCAUGAACGCCUUCAUGGUGUGGGCCAAGGACGAGCGCAAGCGGCUGGCGCAGCAGAACCCGGACCUGCACAACGCGGAGCUCAGCAAGAUGCUGGGGAAGGCCUGGAAGGCGCUGUCGCUGGCGGAGAAGCGGCCGUUCGUGGAGGAGGCGGAGCGGCUGCGGGUGCAGCACAUGCAGGACCAUCCCAACUACAAGUACCGGCCGCGCCGGCGGAAGCAGGUGAAGCGCCUGAAGCGCGUGGAAAGCGGCUUCCUGCCGCACGGGCUGGCGGAGGCGCCGGGCGCCGGGCUGGCCAGCGAGGGCAGCAGGAUGUGCGUGGAGAGCCUGGCCCUGUCCUACCCGGAGCAGGGCUACCCCGCCGUGCAGAGCGCGCUGCCCCCGGCGCUGGGCCACUACCGGGACUGCCAGCCCCUGGCUGCCGCCUUCGACGGCUACAACCUGCCGACCCCGGACCCCUCCCCGCUGGACGCGGCGGAGACCGAGCCGGCCUUUUUCACGCCGCCCCUGCAGGACGAGUGUCAGCUGGCGCCCUACGGCUACCCCGCGGCCGAGUACCCCGCGCACGGGGCCGAGAGCCAGGCCAGCGCCGCGCUCCGCAGGCACCUGCCCCGCGCCGAGCCGCUGGGGCAGCUCAGCUCCCUGCAGAGCCUGCUGGGCUGCCAGGGCCCCCUGCACGCCUACUACGGGCAGCUGUGCCCGCCCGCCGGCCCGGCCCGCGCUCCCCAGCUCCCGCCGCAGCCCUGCCAGCCCUCGCCGCCGCCCGAGGCGCAGCAGUGCAGGGAGUCGCUGGAGCACCUGUCGCAGGACGAGCUGCUGGGCGACGUAGAUCGCACCGAAUUCGAGCAGUACCUGCACUUCGCCUGCAAGCCCGAGCUAGGGCUCCACUUCCAGGGCCACGAAGCCGGCCUGCCCGCGCCAGACGCCCACGGGCCCAUCUCCUCGGUGGUUUCGGAUGCAAGUACUGCUGUGUAUUACUGCACUUACCCAGACGCCUAA